CCUUUCAAAAUAUGAGAUCAAUGCAUGCGUAUUUUUCGGAAUUAGGGAUUUUCGAUUUUUUAUGCAUUUUCUUUUCUUUUUUUUUAUUAUUUCCUUCAUAACCUUUAUAAUUGACCAAAUUACCCUUACAAAUUUUUAACACAGUUUAUAAAAAAAUCGGUUUUUCUCCCAAACCUUCUUCCACCUUCCUCCGCUCUCAUCCCCAACGCCAUAGUUUUUGUCAAUCAAGCUCAUAUCUGUUCAAAUUGUGGCUCGUGAUCGUGCUGCUGUUCCCACUAUUACUACUACUUGGUUGAAUGUGAUUUUGGGGCUCUAUAUUUUGAUGAUCGUGACUUUCCUUAUUGUGAUUACUUGAGAUGAAGUUCCUCUCGAUCAGGCUGGAGAGGAAUCUGCGCUCAAUUUGGCCCGAGAUCAGGCUGGAAUUUUUGAGGAUCGGGUCAGAUUUAACGGUGGCGGUUGAGUUUCUGGAGAUUGGCUGGAGCGGGAUUGAGGAGAAGAAAUUGGAGAUCUAAAAAAUUUGUAUAUCUAUGUAUAUUUGGUCCCGCUGCCAUGGAGGAGAGAAUAGGGUGGGGGCAGGUUUGUGGAAAGAGGCGUGCAGUUUGGGGAUCGGAUGUUUUCUCAUAAAUUAUGUUAAAAUUUAUGAGAAGGAAAUAAUAAUAAUAAUAAUAAUAAUAAUAAUAAUAAUAAUAAUAAUAAUAAAAAGAAAAGAAAAUGCACAAAAAAUCGAAAAUCGCCGGAUAUGGCAGAUGAAAAAUGGAGAUGUACGGGCUACUUGGAUCAAUAAAGCCCAAUAAAGGCCCGCACGAGCUGCCAAUUUUCUUUAUCGACCGUAUUUUCGAUUCUUCUGUUCUGUAUCUCUCCCUCCCUCCCUCUCCGACGGAUCUAAAUUCGCUAUUUCAUCAGAUCAAAAUUUCUGAAGUGGAUAGUGCCCUCAAUUUUUGUUUGAUGGCUUGUUGUAUUUUUAAUUUAUUUGUCAGGACCCUUAUUGUAACCCUUAUUGUUUAGAGUAGUGAGUCAAGUGAUGGAUGAAAAUGAAGUUGAAGGUGGAGGUGAUGGCUACAGUGGAGAUCCGAACGAGCAGUUCCACCGUAACGAGGCAAUCUCAGCUGUUGCUGAUGACGAUGGUUUUCUGGGCGAGGAGGAUGAUGACUAUGAGGAUCUCUACAAUGACGUCAAUGUUGGCGAGAACUUCCAGCAGUCUCUUCGUAGCAAUGAGGAUCACCCUGCUCACAGGACUGAGGAAGUUCAAGACAAGAAGCUGAUCGUGGACCCGCCUCCACCUCCUCCGCCACAGAUGCAGCAGCAGCCACUGCUUCAGCCGCAACCUCAACCGCAGAUAGAUGGUGAAGGUAUGGGUUUGUCGGAUGAGGGAGCUCCAUCUAGGAUUCCUGGUAUAGUGGCGGGGUUUCAAGAUGUGGGAGUUAGAGGGGAUGCCAGUGCAAGUGACGUGGGACGUGGUAGAGGUGCGGGAGGGCUAGUUCCUGGUGGUGGGGUUGGAUUUAGAGUUGAGUUAGGGCAGUCAUCUAAUAAAAUAGCUGAUUUGGAAGAGCGGGCCGUAAACAGCAAUGUCCCAAAUAACCAACAAAUGGUUCAUCAUCAGCAGCCACAUGUGGCUAACUUAGGGACUUAUGAUAAUGCUAGGAGCAUGGGGAAUAUGAACGGGUCUGGUGGAAAUGUGUAUGGAGCUGAUGGUAUGGGUGGAGGGCCUGGUAUUGGAGGUGAUGGGGCAGUUGGAGGUGGAAUUGGGGUUGGCAGUGGGGGUGGAGGGACAGUACUCUUUGUCGGUGACCUGCAUUGGUGGACAACAGAUAGUGAACUGGAAGCAGAACUGUGCAAGUAUGGACCGGUAAAAGAGGUGAAGUUCUUUGAUGAGAGAGCUAGUGGCAAGUCCAAAGGAUACUGUCAAGUCGAGUUUUUUGAUCCUGGAGCUGCGACUUCCUGCAAAGAAGGAAUGAGUGGCCAUGUUUUCAAUGGACGGCCCUGCGUUGUUGCUUAUGCCUCACCGUAUACUGUUAAAAGAAUGGGUGAGGCCCAGGUUAAUAGAAAUCAACAACAAAUGGGUGGGACAGCUGUUAACCAACCAAGAAGAGGCCCUGCAGAUUUACCCAGUAAACCUGGUGGAGUUGGUAACAAUAUACAUGCUGGUGGGAAUCCUCACAAUGGUGGUGAUAAUAAUGGCAGGGGUUUUGGGAGAGGAAACUGGGGUAGAGGUAAUGCUCAGGGAGGUAUGAAUAACAGAGGCCCAGUUGGCCCCAUGAGGAGUAGAGCUGGUGGAAUGGCUGGUCGUGGCUUAGCUGGUAACGGAUUUGGUCAGCUUGGUGGAGCCCCUCCAAUGAUGCACCCUCAGGCUAUGAUGGGCAAAGGUUUCGAUCCUGCUUUUGCAGGUCACAUGGGGAGAAUGGGUGGUUAUGGUGGAUUUCCUGGUGCUCCUGCAGCUCCCUUUCCGAGCAUCUUGUCUUCAUUUGGGCCUGUCGGGAAUGUCGGUUUGCCCGGUGUAGCUCCACAUGUUAAUCCUGCGUUCUUUGGGAGGGGGAUGCCCUUGGGUGGCAUGGGGAUGGGUCCCACUCCUGGAGUUGAGGGCCCUAAUAUGGGAAUGUGGUCAGAUCCUAAUAUGGGAGGAUGGGCUGGAGAUGAACAUGGAGGGAGAGCAGGGGAAUCUAGUUAUGGGGAAGAAGCUACAUCGGACCAUCAGUAUGGGGAGGGGAGUCAAGAGAGGGGGCCGUGGCCCAAUACCAUGAAGGAUAAAGAUAGAGGGUCAGAAAGGGACUGGUCUGGCUCUUCUGAAAGAAGGUACAGAGAUGAUCGAGGAGCUGGGUAUGAAAGAGAUGCGUCUAGAGAGAAGGAUGUUCGACAAGAUCAUGAUUGGUCAGAAAGGAGACAUCGUGAUGACAAAGAUGUUGUCAGAGACAGGCAAAAAGAACGUGAAAAAGAUCGCGAGCGUUCCAUAGACCAUGAGCGUGGUGGCCGUGAACGUGAAAGAGAACGACAUAGAGAUGAUAGAGACAGAUAUGGUGAUCAUCAUAGGCACAAAAAUCGCGAGGUAGAAUAUGAUGAUGAUUGGGACAGGGGAAGAUCAUCAAGAUCCCACGGAAAGUCAAGGGUAUCUCAUGAGGAAGAGCAUAGAUCACGAUCAAGGGAUGCUGAUUAUGGGAAGAGGCGGCGUCUGACCUCCGAUUAACUCUAUUGGAUUGUAGAGCAACUUGAAGAUACCGCUUCUUUUCUUGCUGGAUGCUAUAGUUGGGAGCCGUGAUAUUCUGUUGGAAGUUGUUCGGCCGAAGUCUGGAGUCCAGCAAAAGCAGAUAGGUGUAUGCAUAAAGAUUCUACGUAGGAGAGGAUGAGAUGGCAUGGGGACACCUCUUCGUGUUCGCUAGGCUGAACCUUCUAUUUAGUUUUCAGACAUUUUCAUUUAUGUUUGAAUUCGAAUGUGCCUUUAACAAUUUCAUGUUGUGGAUGAUGGGUUAAAAUGGUGAAGUCUAACCUGAGACAGUGAAUAUUUGAAAAUGAAUUGUUGUAUGAAUAUGAUGUAAUAGAUUAAAAGACUUGGGAUGUUCCCUUUUUGCCCCAUAUUUUUGUUUUGAAUUUUGUUCAUGUAA